UUUGCGGUGUUUAUUGAAAGUAGAAGCACAGAGUGUAGGGGAGAAGGGAAGGAAUUUGCAGACGAUGACAAUUACUUGGAUAUAAAAACGUUGGGCCCUUCAAAAACUAAACCUAAACCUGAACGAAAUAAAAUAGCAAAUGUAUAGCAAAGCCGUCGCCACCACCGCACCGGGUAGCCGUAACUUCUUUCUGGGGCUUCUGAACAGAGCCAGUUCUCUCUCGCACCUCUCCCAGACCCACGCUCAACUCAUCCUCCACGGCUUCCGACAUGACGUCGCCAUCGUCACCAAGCUCACUCACAAGCUCUUCGACUUCAAGGCAACGAGCCAAGCACGCCACCUCUUCCUUUCGGUUCCAAGUCCCGACCUUUUCCUCUUCAACGUCCUCAUUCAAGGUUUCUCUGAGAAUGGGUUGCAUACGUCGUCCAUUUCGUUUUUUAAUUAUCUGAGGCAACGUACUAAUCUCAAGCCUGAUAACUUCACUUACGCGUUUGCUGUAUCAGCUGUGUCGAGGUUAGGGUAUGAAAAGAUUGGUGUUUUGUUGCAUGGGCAAGCUAUUGUUGCUGGGUUUAGUUCGGAUUUAUUUGUUUGUUCUGCAUUCGUUGAUUUCUACUUAAAUCUUUCUCUAGUCGGGCCAGCUAGGAAAGUGUUUGAUGAAAUGCCUGAGAGAGAUACUGUAUCAUGGAAUACCAUGAUUUCUGGGUUGGUAAAGAACUGCUGUUUUGAGGAUUCAGUGUGGGUUUUUGGGGACAUGGUUACUGGUGGUGAGACUCGGUUGGAUUCAACUACAGCAUCUGUGGUGCUACCAGCCAUGGCAGAGUUGAAGGAGUUGAGAUUGGGGAUGGAGAUUCACUGCUUGGCUGUUAAAAUGGGGUUUCACUCCCACAUUCAAGUGCUUACUGGCUUGAUUUUAUUGUAUUCGAAAUGUGGGUACAUUGGCAGUGCCUGGCUGUUGUUUGGAAAUAUUGAAAAGCCUGAUUUAAUAUCUUGUAAUGCAAUGAUAUCCGGGUUUACUUUCAAUGGUCAGACUGAGUCUUCAGUGAUGCUCUUCAGAGAAUUGCUAAUUAAUGGGAGAAUUAAUUCAAGCACCAUUGUCGGCUUGAUUCCUGUACAUUAUCCUUUCGGUCAUUUACAUCUAGCUAAAUGCAUCCAUUGUUUCUGUGUGAAAUGCGGUAUUGUCUCAAAUUCUUCUGUCCACACGGCAUUGACCACGGUUUAUAGUAGAUUGAAUGAAAUGGAAUGGGCCAGGGAGCUUUUUGACGAGUCUUCAGAGAGAAGUUUGGCUUCUUGGAAUGCAAUGAUCUCGGGGUAUGCCCAAAAUGGUUUAACUGAGACAGCUAUUUCUCUUUUCAGGGAAAUGCAGAUGUCUGAUGUCAGUCCGAAUCCUGUCACUGUCACAAGUAUUCUUUCGGCUUGUGCUCAGCUUGGAGCAUUAAGUCUAGGAAAAUGGGUACAUGGUAUAGUUAAGAGCAAGAGUUUUGAGUCUAAUAUAUAUGUUUCGACUGCUCUAAUUGACAUGUAUGCAAAGUGUGGAAACAUAAUGGAGGCACGGCAAUUAUUUGACUUGAUGCCAGAGAAGAAUGAAGUAACUUGGAAUGCAAUUAUUUCCGGUUAUGGUCUCCAUGGACAUGGGCAGGAUGCACUGAAUCUGUUUUCUCAGAUGUCACAUUUUGGUGUUACACCAACUGCAGUCACUUUCCUUUCCAUCUUGUACGCAUGCAGUCAUGCUGGCUUGGUAAGGGAAGGAGAGGAGAUUUUCCAUUCUAUGGUCCAUGAUUAUGGGCUUAAACCCUUAUCUGAGCACUAUGCUUGCAUGGUUGAUAUCCUUGGGCGAGCCGGACACUUGAAGAGGGCCUUAGAGUUCAUAAAGGGGAUGCCAGUUGCGCCAGGUCCUGCUGAGUGGGGUUCACUGCUUGGUGCUUGCAUGAUUCACAAAGACACGGACCUAGCACAUGUAGCUUCUACUAGGUUGUUUGAAUUGGACCCAGAAAGUGUAGGAUAUCAUGUGUUACUCUCGAAUAUAUACUCAGCUGAAAGAAAUUAUCCACAGGCUGCUUCUGUGCGUCAAGCGGUGAAGAAGAGAAAGUUGGUAAAGACUCCUGGGUGCACUCUAAUUGAGAUUGGUGAGACCCCCCAUAUCUUUACAUCUGGUGACCAUACCCAUCCACGGGCAAAAGAAAUUUAUGCAAUGCUAGAGAAACUGGAAGGAAAGAUGAGGGAAGCAGGGUUUCAGGCGGAGACUAUCACAGCUUUGCAUGAUGUGGAGGAGGAAGAGAAGGAGUUGAUGGUGAAGGUUCAUAGUGAGAAGUUGGCAAUUGCUUUUGGUCUCAUUGCUACGGAGCCUGGAACUGAAAUUAGAAUCAUUAAGAAUCUUCGAGUUUGCUUGGAUUGUCAUACUGCAACGAAGUUUAUAUCUAAGAUUACAGAGAGGACUAUUGUGGUUAGGGAUGCGAAUAGAUUCCAUCAUUUCAAAGAUGGUGUUUGUUCUUGCGGUGACUAUUGGUGAAAAAUUUACCUCAAAGUAGGUUGAGCUAUGUGGAGUGGAACAAGCAUCUGAAUGUCAAUUUUUGCAGUUUAGGUUGCUACAAACUGAAUUGGACAGCAGCAUUAUUGUGCGAUGAACAUUUCAAAUGUUUUUCGAAUAUAAAGGAACUCUUAUUGAGGUGGCGCAGCGCAAAGGAGUGCAACCCAAACGGACUGUUUUCAUGAAUUUGAUAUACUUGCUUCUCAAAAAAAAAAAAAAAUUUGAUAUACUUGGAUUCUUGCUGGAAGUUGGUACUCGCAUCCCAUUUCAUUUACUGGCAUGGCUUGUUAUGUUUUUUUCUUGAGGAAUUUUCUUGUACCCGACCAAAAAAGGGUACAAUCUGAAGAUGACACUUGUGUUGUUAUCUGGCGAGCUCCGUUCUGAAGCUCAUUUGGUUGGGAGUCUAGAAGUUGCAAUCUAGUGUAGCCAUUCCCUGUGAACUUCAAUUUGAGAUUAUGAAGGCUCUAUUUCAGACAAGGGUGGCAUUUUGAACGAGGACGAGGAGAAUAUAUCACUGCUGUCCUUGUGAAAGAAAACGCUCGAGGUCCCUUGCUCUUCAUCACAAAAGGGUCAAUUCGAACCCAAAGCAAUGAGAAGAUUGAAGCCAAGAGAACUGACCAUAUAACGACAAUAGUUGGUGUCCGGUUUUGCCGCCCCAUUAAACCUUUGAGGAACGGGUAG